AUGACCUCGCCUUGCUGCGUUUCGGGCACUGGCGGCGUGGCCGUAGAGCUCACGUUUGUCAACUUGUUGUCGCGCGCGAUCGGCGUCUCGUGGAUCAAUUGGACCGGCGACGUCAUCUUGUACUUUCAUCUCGACCCUAACGCGGUGUACGCUCAACCGACGUACGCCGACCACGUCUGGAUGGUGCACGACGUCGGCUCGACCACGGCGCUCGGGUACUUCUGCGCCGGCACGGACCACGAUCGCGUCGAGAUUGGGGGCAUCAACUCGAUCCUGGACGCACCGCGGCGCCAAGCCCCGACAACCCUCAGUCGCUGUUUUGCAGCGAUCUCAUCAAGCAUCACGAUGUCGGAUGCGGCCAUUACCCAACUCACUCCGGUUGCUCAGCUCCGAGAGCGAUGGGAACUCGUCGUGGCAGGUGGGGCCAGCUACCCGCCGCGAGCUCGAGCCACGAUGACGACGAUCUCCGAGUCGCUCGAGGAGAGCUGGGUCAAGUACACGGCCGCGUCGUCCAGCCUCUUGAACUUGUGCGUGGACAUGUCGUCAAGCCUCAACGACUACGAGCAAGCCUCAGCUGGGAAUGCGGCGAUCCUCCGGCAGAAUGUCUUGCUGCCGCUACUCGAUCGCGCCGUUGCAACGUUGGAGACGGCGGCGAUCGGCCUCGAUGCCAGCGCAAAUGCCGUCAACGUCGUGGCGGGGAAACUGGUCGAGCUCGACACGCUGCUCGCGGAUCAUAUGAACCAAACACGCAGGCGCUCAAGACCGAUAUCAAGAAAGUGCGAAAAGGCCGCCCUCGCCGACGAUGAGCUCUCCGUUGUGCCCAAGCUCAAGAAGGAGAUGGAGGCUCGUCAAGCGACCGUUCGUGGCAUCAAGAUGCUUGCACUUUCACUGGGUCAAAGCGCUGCCAGUGCGACCCAGCAAAUCAAAGACGACAAGAUGUCGGUCUCGCGCCUCAAGAGUGAGACCAGUGGCGCCAGUACGCUCCUCGAACUUGGCGACUUUGACGACUUGGCGACCAGCAUCCAAGAUGCAGUUGACACUCUUCGCAGCACGUGCUGCGAGUACAUCAUCUCCCACAGCUAA